ACCUCAAAGCGCCUCUCAUCCCUCACACCUUGCACCGUUGUUUGCUGGGCCGGUUCCACUUCCAGGCGCUCGGAGCCACCAUGGCGAGUCCCGGACAGAAAGUGGUGCUGAUCACCGGCUGCUCCUCCGGUAUCGGCCUGAGGAUCGCAGUGAUGCUGGCCAAGGAUGAGCAGAAGCGCUAUCACGUCAUAGCCACAAUGCGUGAUCUGAAACGUAAAGAUAAGCUGGUGGAGGCGGCGGGUGAUGCAUACGGGAAGACUCUCUCCCUGGCUGUGCUGGACGUCUGCAGCGAUGAGUCUGUCAAACAGUGUAUCGACGGCAUCAAAGACCGGCACGUGGAUAUCCUCAUCAACAAUGCAGGGAUUGGGCUGGUGGGUCCGUUGGAAAGCAUCCCUAUUGAAGAGAUGAAGAAGGUGUUUGAGACCAAUUUCUUUGGGGUGAUUCGCAUGAUCAAGGAGGUCAUGCCUGAUAUGAAGAAAAGGAGGGGAGGACACAUCAUCGUGGUCAGCAGUGUCAUGGGACUGCAAGGUGUGGUGUUUAAUGAUGUGUAUGCAGCUUCCAAGUUUGCCAUGGAGGGUUUCUGUGAGAGUCUGGCUGUGCAGCUUUUGAAGUUUAAUGUUACUUUGUCUAUGAUUGAGCCGGGCCCGGUGCAUACAGAAUUCGAGGCUAAGAUGAUUCAGGACGUGAGACAAAAGGAGUAUCCUGGAGCUGACCCAGACACUAUCCAUUACUUCAAGAAUGUCUACCUUCCCUCCUCAGUUGACAUCUUUGAGGUACUGGGCCAAACGCCUGAUGACAUUGCGAGGUGCACCAAAAAAGUGAUUGAGGCGAGCAGCCCGCGAUUCCGUAACAUGACCAACCCCUGGUACACACCGAUCGUAGCGCUGAAAUACGCUGAUGAAACUGGAGGGCUGUCUGUCCAUGCCUUCUACCACAUGCUCUUCAAUCUGGGCCCUCUCAUGCACAUCAGCAUGACUGCCAUGAAGUACCUCACCUGUGGCUGUCUGAGGAGCAGGACCAUUUCUCCUACCUAGGCAAACAUAGACGCACACAUCGGCAUGUAGACGGGCAUGAAGGCACUACCUCGACUUUGGUUAUCGCAAGAACAGGAGAAACUCAUUAAAGCAUCAACAUACCCAGACAAAACACACUUGGCAAAAGUCACUUGGUCACAAACAGACGAAAAGUCACCAACAUGCAUGCACGCACAUGUGCUUAUAAACCAGAAUUUAUUCUGAUCUGCCAUGUUUGCUACUGUAUAUGCAGUCUGUGUAAUAUUCUCAGUCUCUGUAAUAUUAUCCUCUUGUAGUUUAUGAAUGUAUGGAUACCAGACUUGAGCCCAAUUUAUUUAAAAUACUUUGAAGUUGUGUUUUGGCAAAGUGAAGAUUUACUUUAGCCCACCCAGAGUGCCAAAUGAGUUGGGUCCGCACAUUUGAGACAAUAUACUGCAUCUCAGUUCAUAAUUUGAGUCCAACUGAUCUCAGACAACUUGGUGUUUCACAAGGUUUUAAACUCUAAUUGGCUCAGGUCUGAAGAAUAGGCCCACUUUCUGUUUACUUUUAGUCUAUGUUCUGUAUGUAGGUAUUUUUAAAAAUCAUUGUAUUGGAGAAACUAUUUUGUGAUUAAAGUAUUACCAUUUAUAUCUUA